AUGCGGUCUGAGUUACGAACAAGUGCAAGCACGUUGUCAGCAGCACCAAGUUUAUCGCAAAGUAAAGUUUCCAUUGCGUCGAGUCAUUCAUCACAAAAAUCUACAUCGUCAAAGAAAUCAAAUAAGUCGGAUGUGCCAUUAACGCGCAAAGAAAUUAUAGCUCAAUAUAUAGAGAAGGCGAAGUGGUAUACAUCUGUGGGGUUGGGCACAACUGCAAUUUUAUCCGUAUUUGCAUUUCUAUUUUUAAUUCCAUUUGUCGUUGAUCCUGCUAUAUCUGCACUAACAGCUGAUUACGAUCCAGAACCCGUCACGUGUGUAAUAAGCGAUCAUACAUACAGUGAGGGAAUCACAAAUUGUACAUGGAGCUCCUGUCGUGAAGGAUGCACAACAGCACAAACAAGAUGUCAUCAAAUGACAGUAAAUUACACAAAAAUUCCGUACAAAGAAUGGGCCAAAAAUCCAGUUGAUUUGGAACUUGUUGAUUGGGAUGUAGCUGAUACAAGAUUUUUAAUCAAUACUGAAGGAUGUGGUUAUCCACCUUAUGUUAAUUGUACGGAGUUUGCUAAGCAAUUUGGAAAUGAGCAUGUCAGAACAAGAACUUUCCCUUGUUACUAUAGCAGAGCUUUCAAUGAAUUGGUUACUGCACGAUAUUCAUGGGAAGAGAACCUUAAGCACUUAAUUCUAUCAAUAAUAAUUCCAAAUGUUCUUUUUGCUGUGUCCAUUGGCGUUUUAUCUUAUUGGUAUUGUCCUUGUUGCGAAAAGGCUUGCCACAAAGAUCCUCGUGUCUAUGCCGAAUUCCCAAGUGCGAAAGAAAAGAAAAUUAGGUCUUGGGAGAUAGAAUAUAUCGAAUCAGAAGAGUGCAUUAAUAAGCUUUAA